CACAGAGAAAAGUGUAACACCGCAACCGACCCGCGCCGCGUGGUGUCUGACCGCCCGCAUCUGCCCGGCGCUCACCACGCCCUCCUCGCGCGCGCGCUCGCCACUCUUCCGCCUUCACCGCCACAGCCAUGGACGCCGCUCAGUCUGCCAGCUCGUUCUUCGGCGUCGUCCGGGAGCCUCUGGGCUUCAUCAAGCUGCUGGAGUGGAUUUUUUCUAUCUUUGCCUUUGCAACCUGUGGUGGAUAUUCCGGCUAUUUUGAAAUCUUGGUGAACUGCAAGAAUAACUCGACCAACAAGACAAGGAUUGAUUUCAGCUAUCCAUUCAGGUUAAACCAAGUGACAUUCCCGGUGCCCAACUGUACGGCGAACCCCAAGGACGUUGGCAACCUUUACGGCGACUUCUCCUCGUCGGCCGAAUUCUUUGUGACCAUCGCCGUGUUUGCCUUCCUCUACUCGUUGUUUGCCCUGGUCGUGUACACGUUCUACCAGCCCAAGUACCAGCAGUACCGCGGACCCCUCAUAGACUUCGUGAUAACUGCACUCUUUGCCUUCAUGUGGCUCGUGAGCUCCUCCGCCUGGGCCAAGGGCCUCGCCGACGUCAAGAUCUCCACGAUGCCCGACACUGUCUACAAGCUCAUCUCCAUCUGUCAGGAGCAGAAGAUUUGCACGAGCGGAGCCACUGCCAUCAUGUCGAGCCUCAACGUGUCCGUGGUGUUCGGUUUUUUGAACCUCAUCCUGUGGUCGGGAAACGUGUGGUUCGCCUACAAGGAAACGGCUUGGCAUGGCAACGCGGAGCCAAGCUCGGCCGCCACCAACCCGCCGAAGGGCCCUGCCACAGGCCCUGCCACCUAUGGGCAGUGAGCGUGGCAAGUCAACGACCAGGAAACCAAUCCGCCUGUCCUAGUGAAGUGUGACGUGCAUAGGUUUGCGAGAAUUCGUUUAGGUUUUUUUUAAUUACUACUGUCUCGUUUAAAAGAGAAAGUUCGAGACGUUGCAUUCAUUUUUGUUUUACACUACAGUAAUUUUGGAAUGUGGGUUUAUUUUACACACCUCAAUCUGGUAUCUCGAUUGUUGACAUGCAAUCCUAUCAUUCCUAGUUUAAAACAAAAAGUUAUAAUCCAGAACUCCACAUUGAUUGAUCAGCAAAGUACAUUUAUCACGAAAUUGCCCAAUGAUAACGGUGCCAUUGUUAGGAACUACCCAGAGUAGAUUUUCAUUACAAAUUUCACACGCACUUGUUGACAAAGUUGUAUGUUUUAUUGGUGACCCUCAAUUAUCACUGACAGAAGCCCACUGCGUGCCAGAUGAGAUCAUUCUCAUCAAGGUGGAGUUAUUGUUUUUGCCUCCACUUUAAAACUGAGUUCUGUUGUAUUUGGGUUUUAAAUUCCAUAUCUUUGCUUUAAGCACAAGGUCAUAUCAACAAAGCAGGUAGCCACUCAUACAUGUGAUAUAGCAGUCGGUUUUUUGAUCUACCAACUAAAAUAAAUUGAGGAUAUGCAUACAGCUCGCAUACGGAUAAAUCCAUUACCAACAUGACCUCAUUUCAUGUGGUUUUAUACUUUAAAAUGCUUUACAACACAUACACACUUCAAGGUUCUUAUACACAAAAACUCGAAGUGAUGACAUUAAGUGUCUGCUGUGGAGCAGCUGUGACAUCUGGUAGAGGGUAGAGAGUGUUGGUGAGGUGUGCGGGUAUCAAUGGCUUUGGCCUUGAUGACAUCUUGCCCUGAGAAAUAUGCAUAUUUUCCAGCUGUGCCCAUUGGAUUUUUUUUAUUGCAUGUGUUCUAAAUAGUUUGAUAAAAAAUAUUAAUAUUUUGUGCCUUACAGUUGCUACAGAAUAGCUCAGGAUUUUUUAAGCUUAGAUAGCAAAGAAAUUGCUAACAUUUCAAAUGCCAUUUGAAAUGCAAGCAAGCACAAACCAUCCGACUGGAAUUUCCUUGUGUUGCCAAAAAAUCUUAAUUAUUUUGCCACGGUGGAUAAUGCCGUGCGAGUUUGAAGGCGGCAGUUUGCAAAAAUCACUCGUGCAUACAAGAACACCAGCAACGGCCACUUGUUUUACCUUGCACUUCUAAGUCACUGAAGUCACUGGAAACAUUUUUCCCACCAAGAUUACAAAUUCACAUAUUUCAUGCAUUACGUAAGAAUUGCAUUUGUACUGCAUAUUUUUGAUGUAAUUACUUAGCCCCAGCCAGCCAAAAUCGCUUAACCCCAUCGCCAAGGUUCGCAUUUAGCGCAAGGUGCAUUUCCUCAAGUUCAACCAGUGCCUUUACUCUCGAGUGAGAGGGACAAAGAAGCGGGCUUAACGUCUGUACCUAAAGCACAGGACCGCAUUAAACAUUCACAUAUGUGAUCAAGUUAAGCGACCAUUAGACGGUCUACGUAAUCUUCGGUCUUACGUCACCGCAUGUAAUGGGUAAUAAAACAGAGGCAGAAUUCCCAUCCCAGUGCGAGCUCGGUCUUCAUCUGUUGAGGAACUUAGUUCUAUUUUUUAUAGCAACAAUCAUGAUGCCUCAAAACCCUCAAUGUUGUGCUAAAACAGUACAGUAUAAUCUGGACAUGAGCACACAUUGUAUAUAAGCACAGUUCUGUUAUAGGCAACGCAUGCUGACAUCACACUGGUGGGUGCAAGGCCAAGGGCAACUACUCGUACAAGCACACCCCCAGUGUGACUACUCCCGAGGGGUGUGUUUACAUCCAACUUCUACUUUGCUAUAGUGUGCUCGAUGUCAUGAAAAUGUAACGAUUCUGUGAUGAUAUUACAUCACAUGCUCGAACCCAGGGGUCAGCAACCAAAAUAACAAAGCCAAUUUUUUUCUAAUUCGGUGUAAAAAAAUCAAUAUUUCAAGAGCCGCAAUGCAUUGGUGCAUACCAGACGGUGGUCCUUCAUGAAUGGCAUCACAAAGCGGCCCUUAAAGAGCCGCACGCAGCAGCUCCGAAGCCGCAGGUUGCAGAGCCCUGCGAACGGAGAGGCCAAGAUCGUUGUUAACACAUUCUGACCAGUAUUGCUGUUGCCAUUGCUCGGUGCCAAAUACACAAGCAGCCUCUCGCAUCCAGCAGUAUGUGUAAGUGCUCAAUGUUGGAUACCAAUGCAUUCACUGAUGAAUACCCCCCCCACUCUCCGAUGGUUACUAAUCAAUAGAGAGGAUUGCUAUGGAGACACAAAUGUUCGUUGCAAAUUGACUUAAAGGUGGUCAACCGGAGUUAUCGCGAAAAAAAAACUGAGAUACCAACGUGUAGGUUAAAUUUGGCACGUUCAACAACUUAAUUUGAGUAUUUGUUCAGAGUGAACAAUUAUUGCCAAAGAUUAAUUUUGAUCUACCUGGAAAUACAGUGCACUCGUCAAGUUUUCCCAAAUGGUCACAAUAGUGUUUCGUCAUUUAUGAAUGACGACUGUGCAGCACAUGCGUUGUACUCAAGUGCCUGAAAAUGCGUAACUAAAAUUUAUUGUAAGUUGUGGAAAAUGUAAAUUCUUUCAAAGUUAUUUGCCAUGAGGGUGGUGCUUUGUCUGCUUAAGAUUGACGUGUUGUCAAGUGAGCAGCACUCAACGUCGCUCCUCCAAAUGUCAACAGGCGGCCUUGUUAAUGCUCGGUAAAGGUUGCCAUUAGUUUGUGCCUUAGCACUUGGUUUCAUUACUGAAUGAGUACCAUGGGUUGAAAAUGUUUAUUAACACUCAAUCCUGUAUGCCAUGAAGUUAUUUUACCUUGAUUGGAAUGUCAUUGACUUCUUGUAGCAUUUAAAAAUAAAUAUCAUUUAGAGACAUCUUUUGGGUAGAGGGCUUGUGUAAGGACAAGUCAAUCAUUUAGACAGUGGUAGUCGCUUUAUUUCAUUGAUUAAACACUUCCAAACGUGCAGGCGUAUUUGCCGAGACAAAGCUGACUGAGUGAUUGUGAUGAACACCUGCACAUGAACCCUGUGAGAUGUCUAAAUAUUUUUUCGUGUGAUUCGCAAACAUUAGUAUUAGACUUUUCACAAAUUUAAAUAUUGCAGCGUUAAUAGAGCGUAGGAUUUAAUUCUCAUUGCUUGUUUGAAGUCUUGUGUUUUACGAUUAGAAUAAAUACUGUAAGUCACGCAGCCUUCAUGCACCACCUGCGCCCAACGUUAAUAAAUGAAUUGUCGUGUGUGACUAUGGUCUAAGCAGAGUUGGGGCAAUUCACAGUUUACACCUUGCUCCGUUAAAAAUCAAGCUAUGGGUGUUAAUAUUUUCGUGUGUCUUUAAACGCUUACAUCCAUAGGUAUUUGUACUUAUGAGUUUGACAUUUUUUAAAGCAAAUUACACUGCUAUGAUUGUUAGUUGUGCUCUGAGUUUGUUUUAGGAGGCUGCCGCGUUUCGAAAAGGUGGCUUGAUCGAGAUGGGAGUUAUUGUCAAAGUUGCUUUCUCUGCAUGAUGAGCCCAUGGGUCUGUGAAGAGAACGCCGAUCUCUGUUAAAUCCCGGAAAUGAGAAACCGCCCAUGCUAGGAUCUGUUUUCAUCUUGAAGUUGGUACGUUUUUGGUUGGAUUGUGUAUAUGCAUUUGGACAAAUAAAAAUUAGAAAUAAA